AUGUUGUUGCUACAUGGAAAAGACGUGUGGUGUUUCAGUGCCCUUCUUGGAAAUCGAUUAACUGGUGCAGUCCCAGCAGCGCUAGCAAAUCUCAGCAGUCUUACCAGCUUAGUCCUUGAGGCCAAUCGUUUGUCAGGAAAUUUGCCUCAGGCAUUGGGGAAUCUAUCCAAACUUGAGAGAUUGAUUCUCAGUUCCAACAAUUUUACUGGAGAAAUACCUGAAACAUAUGCUAGGCUGACUUCGUUGGAGGAUUUUCGUAUCAGCGACAACAACUUCACGGGACGGAUUCCCGAGUUUAUGUUCAGGAACUGGAGAAAUCUUACUCGGAUAAUCUUGGAGGCAAGUGGUUUGAGUGGUCCAAUUCCAUCCAUUAAUGCUACUCUGGAAAACUUAGAAUACAUAACAAUUAGUGACUUGAACGGAGCCGAUGCAGAAUUUCCUCGACUAGAUGCCGAUCUGCCUAGUUUGGAUAGAGUGAUGUUGAGGAGCUGCAAUCUCAUUGGGGAGAUACCUCCUUCUCUCGCGAGAUUCAGAACGAUAAAGAUCUUAGAUCUCAGCUUCAACAGCCUCAGCGGAAUAAUCCCAGAUCUUUCUGGUCUUAAUUUGGAUACAUUGUUCUUAAAUGGAAACAAUUUUACUGGAGCAGUCCCUCAAUGGAUACUGGAAACAAGAGAAGAAAUGGAUGUUUCAUAUAACAACUUCACUAGCACAGGUGGUGUAUCAAACUGUGGAAGUCCAACACUGAACUUGUUUUCAAGCAUUCCAAGAACCGAUAACUCAGGAAUCGUUCCAUGUUUGAGAAGUCAGAUUAACUGCUCAAAACCUUUGCACUCUGUUCAUAUAAACUGUGGAGGGGGAAAUAUAACUGUUGAUGGCAUCAAUUAUGAAGCUGAUUUGACUAUAACCCAGAGUUCGACAUUUCACCGGUCGGGUACCAAUUGGGCAUUUAGCAGCACCGGAAUUUUUCUGAACGAUAAUAAAAACAAUGACAUUUUGUAUCUCCAGAGUAGACAGCUUUCUGUAAAUGGUGGCGAUGCACGUUACAUAGAUGCAAGGCUUUCUCCUAGCUCUCUGACUUACUAUGCAUUUUGUCUCGCCAAUGCAAAUUACACAGUACAACUCUACUUUGCGGAGAUUAUGUUCACUAAUGAUCAAAGUUAUACCAACUUAGGGAAGCGGAUCUUUGAUGUUUACAUUCAGGGACAGCGGGUGCUGAAGGAUUUCAAUAUUCAAGAAGCAGCAGGAGGGGCAGGCGUACCAAAAGUAAUGCCUUUUGCUGUAAAUGUGACUCAUGGCACGUUGGAGAUCCAUCUCCGAUGGGCCGGAAAAGGCACGACUUCUAUUCCCGUGAGAAGCGUUUACGGUCCCCUUAUCUCUGCAAUAUCUAUUUUCGAUCCUGAUUAUGCACCUCCAUCAGAAAUCGACGGUGGUAUCUCGACAGCUGCGGUGGUUGGUAUAGCGGUGGCCGGAGUUGUGUUUGCUGCUUUUCUGAUUGUGGGCAUCGUUUGGUGGACGGGUCUUUUGAGACGGAAGAGUACAUUGGAACGAGAUCUAAAAGGUAUAGAAUUGCAGACAAAUUCCUUCAGCUUAAGGCAAAUUAAAGCUGCUACAGACGAUUUUCAUGCUUCUAAUAAGAUCGGAGAAGGCGGUUUCGGUCCUGUUUACAAGGGCAUUCUGGCAGAUGGCACUGUGAUUGCUGUGAAGCAGUUAUCGACCCGAUCAAAGCAAGGAAACCGUGAGUUCGUGACCGAGAUGGGCAUGAUUUCAGCUCUUCAACACCCUCAUCUUGUAAAGCUAUAUGGAUGCUGUAUAGAAGGAAAUCAAUUGAUGCUUAUAUACGAGUACCUGGAAAACAACUGCCUUGCUCGUGCAUUAUUCGGGCCACCAGAAUUUCAGUUGAAAAUAGACUGGGCAACAAGAAAAAAGAUCUGCAUUGGUAUAGCAAGAGGAUUAGCUUAUCUCCAUGAAGAAUCAAGGUUGAAGAUAGUUCAUAGAGACAUCAAGGCCACCAAUGUCUUGCUUGACAAGAAUCUGAACCCGAAAAUAUCCGACUUCGGUUUGGCCAAGCUUCAUGAAGAAGAUAAUACCCACAUUAGCACCCGAAUUGCAGGAACUUAUGGGUAUAUGGCUCCUGAAUACGCAAUGCAUGGUCGUUUGACAGAGAAAGCGGAUGUUUAUAGUUUUGGGAUUGUGGCCCUUGAAAUCGUUAGCGGUAGGUGCAACACUAGAAACCGGCUAAUGGAAGAACCUUUCUAUCUCCUUGAUUGGGCUCAUGUUUUGAGGGAGAACGGGAACUUGUUGGACCUCGUCGAUCCAAGGAUCGGGUCAGACUGCAACAUAGAUGAAGUGAUGACGAUGAUCAAUAUUGCUCUCUUAUGCACGAAUCCAACAGCUUCGGCUAGACCUACAAUGUCUUCCGUGGUGAGCGUGCUCGAAGGUAAGGCUUCAGUCGAGGAAUUCUUCAUAUAUUCAAGCGUUUCUUCAGGUCGUCAAAUGGACGCUGAGACUGUAAAAAUGCUGUAUCAGAAACUUGAAGAAGAUGAUACAGAUGUUACCGAAACAAAUAGCCUGCAAUAA